UGAUUAGAGAACAAUAAAAUACACACUGAGAAUAGAAAUACACGAGGAAUUCUCGAUUUUAAAUAACUGGCAUGACAAGCGCUGAAAUCUCGCGAUAGUUCCUCAAGGAGCUUGUUUGGUAACACAUUAUGAAAGCCUUUCGGUGCGUGCUUUUACCUGCACGUUCUUGCUGCACUUACAUACAUGUACUCAUGUGCAUAUUCUCAGCAACAGCUCUGCAGAGUGUAGACUCUAUAGGUUGUGUAAGUGCACUUUUUAGCGCCCAGCCCUGAUUCCUGCUUUGGUUCAGCACCAUUUAUUCCAGCAAAAAUGCCCGAGGGUCCAGAGCUCCACUUGGCCAGCCUGUACGUCAACAAAAUGUGUGAAGGAGUGGUUUUUAGUGGAGCGGUCAGAAAGUCUGAGGUCAGCAAAAGUCCUGAUGUGCCCUUCACCUGUGAUGCGUACCGCAUCACAGCCACUUCCAGAGGGAAGGAAGUGAAGCUCACCCUGACGCCCAUGAAGAGUGAUGAGCCGAAGCAGAGAGCGAAGGCAGGGCAAGCGGUGCAACCCAUGGAUAUAGUGUUUCGCUUUGGGAUGUCAGGCUUUUUCCGCUUCACCGGAGAGGAUGAGCUUCCAAAACAUGCCCAUCUGCGGUUCUAUUCCAAAGAGAAGCCCUGCAGAGUGCUGAGCUUUGUAGAUGCACGCAGGUUUGGCAGCUGGCAUCCCAAUGGGACUUGGCAGGCUGGCAGAGGGCCCUGCAUCAUGUUUGAGUACGAAAGCUUCAGGGAGAACGUCGUGUCACACCUGUCUGACCGGGCUUUUGACAGGCCCAUCUGUGAAGUCCUGCUCAAUCAGAAGUACUUCAAUGGUAUCGGGAACUACCUGAGGGCUGAAAUCCUUUUUAGGCUAAACAUCCCUCCAUUCGUGCCUGCGAGGGCUGUACUGGAAAGCCUUGAGUCAGAAGAUUUAUUUGGAAAUCAGAAGCCUGUGAAAAAUGAGAUCUCAGACACAAAGAAGAAAGCUGCAAAGAGUGGGGUGAAACAGGAGACAGCUGACUUGCUCAGACUUUGUCAUACAGUACCUCUGGAGGUGGUGAACCUUGGUGGAAAGGGCUACGAUCCACAGAAGGCAGAUUACUCAGGCUUUGAGGCGUGGCUGCAGUGCUACUACGUAGAUGGAAUGAAAUCUAUCCGGGACCACAAUGGCAGAACUAUGUGGUUCAAUGGAGAGGCAGGGCCCUUGGCACCAAAAGAUUCGAAGUCACCUAAGGCAAAAAAGAGAGCAAAGAAAGAAGAUGACCAUGAUUACACAGACAAGAAGAAGGCGGCCAGAAGUCGCUCUGAAAGCACCGCAAAGAAAAAGGUCAAACAGGAAGGUGUGACUAAAACACCAAAGAAAGAAAAGGAAGCCGGAUCAACGAGAAAAAAGACUGAGAAGACCAGGGAAAUAAACACACCACAGCGUGAAACAAGAACAAAUGCACGUACGAGGAAGAGUAGCAGUGCCGAGACGACUGCAGUUGUCUUUGUUGCAGGUCCAAAAAGGCAAAACGUGAGGGGCACCAGAUAGGAUGCAAAGAAAAACAAACACUGUAUGUCAGACAUCACUGUAUGGGACAGUUUUUAUAUUUUUAUACCAUUCACUACUUUUUAAAUAAAAUAAUUUCUACAGAA